AUGAAAUGUGAAAAGUGCCAACUUUUUAAACUUACACGGGAAUUUCCUGACGGUACAAUUAGCUCAACAUGCAAACAUAUCACAUCUUGGUGUUUAGAGUGCCUUGUAGGAUACCUGAAAGAAGUGCAGCAUCAAUGUCCCACAUGCAAAACUGAGUUGUCUGAACAAGAAGUUGUUAAAUUUAACUUAUUUUGGGAAAAGGCAAACUUCAAAAUUGAUCUUGAAAGUUUCUUGCAAACUCACGCCGAACAUUCUGGUCCAACUGAUGAAAAUUUUAACAAUCUUUAUGUUGUUCUAUUAAAUGGUGAAAUUAUCACUUUAAGCAUUUCUAAUAUCAAGACAAUUAAAGUUAAAGAUUUAAAAGGUGCUUUGAAAGAUAAGAUAAGAGUAGAUAUUACACAACAAAUGCUGAUUUAUAACGGUAUAGAGCUCAAUAAUUAUCGAGAUGAUGGGACUGAUAAUACACUCGAAAAUUACGGAAUCAAUCCAAAUAGUUAUAUCCAGCUUGUUGUCGUGCUUUAUUCUAUCCCAAAGGAUCAAGCUUUAACAAAUUUAAUAUUCGAUUUGCACUGGAAAUUCCCUAGUUCUGGACAUGAUUUUCUCGACGGUACUUGUAUGAUAUUUGAAGGUGAUAAAUUGUGGAAAACAUAUGACUAUUUACAUUCGAAAUAUCCUAGAAUACGAUAUAUUGAGCAUUCUGGAGAUCUUAUGGACACUGAUAAUGCUGGAGCUCACCAUGAAAUAAAAGCAAACCUCAAUGAACUUCCUAAAAGCGUCGGUCAACUUUAUUUUAUACUAAGUUCAUGGAGAUCUCCGAACAUUGGCCUUUUUAAGAAACCAGAGUUUAAAUUAUACGAUCCAGCGAAACCGAACGUUAACCUAUGUGAUUACACUGUUCAGAGAGCUGCAGACUCACAAGCUGUUAUAUUGUGCCUUAUUAAUCGAUCUCGUAAUGAUAUGUGGAAAGUAAUUCCUGUAGAAGAAACAACAAAUGGAAAUGCAAAAGAUUAUAGCCCAAUCGAAGAAAAAAUUAAGUCAUUCGGCUUGUUCAAUACGAUUUUGUAA